AUGCAAGUCGCAAGCGGGCCUUACCGCGGUAAUAUGGAGGCGUCGCUGUCACAUUCGGCUCAGAGCGGAGGAGAAAUAGGACCAACCCCUCAGGUAUCAAUCACGCCAGACCAGCAGAUUACUGCGCUUCCAAGUCACCCUUUUCGAGAGUCCAACUCGUCCGCGAUUACUUCUUCGCAAACGAGAGUGUAUGGGAGAGCUCUCUCCCAUAAUCCGCAUGCAUCUACCUCUUCUAAUGUAUCACAUGAUCCAUUCUCCCAUCGACGUCGUGGUAGCACUCUGAAAAUAGUGAUGCGGAAAAUAUUCGGGAAACGACGACAGAGUCAUUUGGAAGACGACGAGGUUAUCGAAAGAUCACCGGCAGACAGAGAUCAAGCUGUGGGUUUGGCUAGAGGGUCGAAUCAGAUGUUAUUUGAAAAGACAAAGCAACCAUCUGACGCGAGCGUUGGGCCCUAUACAUAUAAUCGAAAAAAGUCGCUUGUUGUCAGCCAUCCAUCUUCUGUCUCGUCGGAUCAUAUCGCUUUAUCGAGCCAAGAUCAGAGGAUAGAAAUAUCCAAGCAAGUCAUUAGACGAAGGGCGACGCUGCCCAGUCUCAUUCUCACCGAAGACGAGGAUACCAAGAAGUCGUUGUUUUCGAGUAUUUCCCCCACAAGCACGCGACCCAUAAGCGCCAUCAAUGAGACCCACGAGGACCACGAAGAGUCGAAAUCUCAACCUAGUUUCAGAGCACAUCGACGAUCGCGCAGUGCCGAUGCCUUACAAGAACUCGUACGGCGUCACCGAAUGUCACCGAUUCAAUGGCGACGGCGAAGUGAUGAGAUUAAAUUCUGGAGAACAAGUGUAUUCGAAGUAGGUCAAGAGGAUACUGAAGAACCACAGACUAGCAGCACCUCUGACGCCCCGGGGGCUGUAGCAUCUGACUUGGAAGAACAGGAGAACAUUAAUGACAGCGUCGAGACUCCGAAAAGUGGACCUGUGUCGGCCCCCUUUCAACUUGAAAAUUUAUUGGCAAGCAUGGCAGAUCCUGACGCCACUGUGGAGCAGCGAUUGACGACACUUGAGGUGAAACUUAUGGAUCUCGAGUUUGCGAUAGCUAAGAUACAAGGAACCGAUACGAACGUCUUUUCCAAGCCUACAGCAGACUGUGCAGACGAGAGCAAGGACGAUGAAGAUACGUCAAAUGAGCCAUCCUCUAUCGCCAGUGAGACUUCCUCGCAGAGCUCUCUUUCGUUUGGUGGAGGUGAUCGUCCUAUCAGUACUUCGACUCUACGGCCGAAUAUGAUUUACGCUCAGCCAACCCCUUGGCAAGGGGGCUCUUGGUCUUCGAUGAACCUUCACGGCAUAUCAAUUGAGCAGUACAGCGCUUUGGUUACACUGGUUCGCCGAGAGCAAACUGCAAGGAAGGCCCUAGAAAGCCAAGUGGCACAGUUGCAAGAAGAAAUGCAGCAAAUUCGACGCUUAUCUGUUUUACCUGCAUCUCCUCCGGGAACGCUAUAUCCUAUUCCCAGCCCGGAUUCUGAUGUUGAACGAUUUCAUAGACGCCGACGUCCCAGCCCGUCUCGAAAAGACUCUAACACAAGUGCGGAUACCAAGUAUUCCGGAUCGCAAUCGCGGGAUAGCCCAAAAUAUCGACUUAUGAGGGAAAAGGAUUCGAGAAAUGUGUCCAACAUGAUUUGA